UCGGCAGCGGCUUGGUUCAGUUGAGAGACCUGCAAUCAUCCAAACAUCCAGAACGAAUUCACUCGCCGAAUCCAACAAAAUCGACAAGUCGUAAUCUCUGAACUUCCUUUAGCCGACUACUCUCCAUCCUUGGCACCACUUGCAGAAUUCUCUGCCUCUUCGGCCACUUCUGACCGGCACAAUCCCCUGUUCUGUCAUUGAUGCAAUUCGAUCAGCUGCGGGCACCCGUCUCGUCACGAUGGCCGAGAUGGUCGGAUCGCUGGUCGUCGGCGAGGUGGUCAGCAGGACCUCCUCCUUCCUCAUCAGCAAGCACAAGGAGAGGUCGGCGUCGGCCAGCAGCACAGGCGAGAGCCUGGAGAGACUGGAGAUGGCGCACAUCAAGAUGGAGGCGGCGCUGGAGGUGUCCGCCCGGUGGCAGGUCACGGACGUGGCGAUGCUGCGGUGGCGGCGGAAGCUGCGGCGCGCCGCCGACGAGUGCGACGCCGCGGUGCACCGCUGGAGGCUGCGGGCCCUGGAGGAGGAGGAGGCCAGGGAGGCGCUCGCGCGCGCGUGGCUCCCGAGCCGGGUGGCGCGCGUCGUGGCCUCCUUCGUGUCGUCGCUCCUCAGCCGCCGCGGCGAGGAGCCCCACGCGAAGGCCGUCCAGAGGUUCGAGAAGCUGGCUGACGGCGCCGGGGAUUUCCUGAGGUACCUGCAGUCCGGCGGCGCGCCUCGGAGGUGCGCGCUGCUCGACGACGCCAUUGUCAUGAAGCCUGCUGCGAGUGCGAGUGCGAGUGCGAGGCAUGGUCUGGUUCAGGGAGGUCGACAGCGCUGCCUGCGCUCAGGAUCCAGGAAGAGCGGGGUGGAGAUUAGACAGCUUGUGCAGUGAUUAUGUUCAGAGGCUGCAGCAAAUAAAUUCUCAUUGUAUAGAGCCAGUUUUAACUUGGUCGAACUGCAAGUUUUAAUUUCGUAAUCCAAAGUGGCCCUCAAAGCUGCCUUGGGUCUGCAGUUCUGCACAAAACUUAUCCCAGGAAUGUAAUCUUGCUCGUGGAGUGGAGACGAUCGAAUCAACUACCCACAUUCUUUCUA